AUGAAAAUGCGUGUGAAGAUUUCUAGGUACGAAAACGUAGAGGAGAGAGAGUUAAAGAUGGGUGCGAAACCUCAAAAUUCUAGAGGGAAAAUCUUCAUGGUCUAUCUAAUAAUAAUCUCAUUGUCACUUCUAGGUUUGAUCUUAGCCUUUAAACCUCUUUUUCUUAUAGACGAGAUCAUCAAUUCUCCGUCGUCCGAUUUGCGGAUUGAUCUUCCUUCGCCGCAAGUCAAUAGGAACCCAAGAUGGCUCCGACUUGUCCGUAACUAUCUACCGGAAAAGCGAAUCCGAGUCGGCUACCUUAACCUCGAUGAGCAAGAACGUGAAAGCUACGAGGCUAGUGGUCCGUUGAUUCUGAAGAAUGUCCACGUGUCACUGGAUCCUAUCCCGGCAAAUGUCACUUGGAAGAGUCUCUUCCCAGAGUGGAUCGACGAGGAGGUUUCUUACUGCCCCGAAAUCCCUCUCCCUACGCCAGAAGGUUCUGAUGCUGACGUGGACGUCAUUGUUGCUAGAGUUCCAUGCGAUGGAUGGUCGGAGAAUAAAGGGCUAAGGGAUGUUUUCAGGCUCCAGGUUAAUUUGGCGGUGGCGAAUUUAGCUGUCCGGAGUGGGUUACGGAGGGUUGAUUCGACGGUAUACAUUGUUUUCAUCGGGUUAUGUGGGCCCAUGCAUGAGAUCUUCAAGUGCGAUGAGCGCGUGAGGCGCGUGGGGGAUUAUUGGGUGUAUAAGCCUAAUCUCCCAAGGUUGAAGCAGAAGCUUCUCAUGCCUGCUGGUUCAUGUCACGUUGCUUCUCCAUUUGCUCAAGUCGGCCAAGAAGUAUGGAGACAAAAAAAUGAAGAUAAUCUUACAUCCGAGGCGAUCAGUAAGCAACGGGUCGCCUACGUGACAGUACUACACUCAUCCGAAGCCUAUGUUUGUGGUGCAAUAGCCUUAGCACAAAGCAUAAGACAAUCAGGAUCGAAUAAGGACAUGGUUCUCCUCCACGAUCAGUCCAUAACCAACAGGUCCCUUCUUGGUCUCAGCUCUGCGGGAUGGAACCUUCGGCUGAUUGACAGAAUUCGCAGUCCUUUCGCCAAAAAAGACUCUUACAAUGAGUGGAACUACAGCAAAUUGCGUGUGUGGCAAGUAACUGACUAUGAUAAACUUGUGUUCAUAGAUGCAGAUUUCAUCAUUCUCAAGAAGAUGGAUCAUCUCUUCUACUAUCCGCAACUAUCGGCUUCAGGCAACGACAAAGUGUUAUUCAACUCCGGAAUCAUGGUUUUUGAGCCAUCGCCAUGUUUGUUUAAAGAAUUAAUGGAGAAAUCCUUCAAGAUCAAUUCAUACAAUGGCGGAGACCAGGGUUUUCUCAAUGAGAUAUUUGUAUGGUGGCACAGGUUAUCAAAAAGAGUGAACACAAUGAAGUACUUUGGCGAAAAACUCAAAGGAACGCACGAUCUUCCGGAGAACCUAGAGGGUGUGCACUACUUGGGAUUGAAGCCAUGGGUAUGUUACAGAGACUAUGAUUGCAACUGGGACAUAAGCGUGCGGCGUGUGUUUGCAAGUGAUUCGGUGCAUGAAAAAUGGUGGAAAGUAUAUGACAAGAUGUCAGAUCAGUUGAAGGGUUAUUGUGGGUUGAAUAAGGAGAUGGAGAAGAGGAUCGAGAAGUGGAGGAGAAUUGCUGAGAACAAUAGUUUGCCUGAUAAGCAUUGGGAGAUUAAAGUGAAAGAUCCUAGGAAGAAGAAUCUUCUUGUUCAGUGA